AUGGCCCAGUGGACGGUCUCCAACAGGACGACAUACCUGCGUCUGACGGGCACUCAAUGGUGCCUCAGCAUUGGCACCGAUUUUGGAGCCGGGUACCAACCGUAUAAUGGCGAUACGGACAUGGUCCUCGCCAAGUGCCCCACUUCGGGUAUCCCUGGCCCUCUAGCGUCGUUCCCAGGCCAGACAUGGAUAUAUGGCGGUAGUGGAACGAGUUCUCAGGACUGCCACUUCAGAAUGGUCCACAGUGGCUACACUGGCCCCGAGUACUGCCUCGACAACAAGGAUGGCGCCAACAGGAAGACGCAGAUCUGGGAGUGCCAUGACCCCAGUCACAGCGACAACAAUAAUCAGAGAUGGACCGUGACUCCCCUCUGA